AUGGCGAACUCCUUGGCCAGACGGCCUUCCACCAACGGCUCUUCUCACGACCGAGGCACCUCAUUCACCUCCAUCCCACCCUCAUCUAUAUCCCCGCAUCAGUCCGUUUCUAUUGGACCAAGGAAGAACCGAUCGCAGACGUCUCUCAGCCACAAAUCAAUUGGGAGCUCUGGGGAAUCCUCACAGCGGCGAUCUGUACAUUCCUAUGGCAGUUUUCAGGCGCAGAAACGGAGGUACAAGUCGCAGUACCCCGCCGACUCUCCAGAACCGCAUGUCGAGUACAUUCUCGUUGCCUCAUUUGAUGUAGACCGAGGGCCUAUUAUGGAGCAUCAGUAUCCUAGUGCCAUUAGUGGCGAUGAGAGCAUGCUGGCAGAGCUCAUGUUACCUGAUCAAACACACGUUCGCAGCCAGGAUUGGACGAUCUUCUUUUUGCACAAGGAUAAUGGUGGGCCUGAAGAAGAUCCUGAAUUUGGGGAAGAUAAGGAUGGGGAUGACGAGCAAGACGAAGAAAAAAGUCGAGAUGACCUAUCUCAGGAGUAUCCGGAGGAAGACGAUGCCGGGAGUGCGGGCAUGGAUGAUGAACCACCCCUGAUUGGUGCAAUGGUUAAAGCAAUGGCAAUAUGCACAAGACACUCAUUUCUGCAUAUAUACAAGCCACUGCUACUCCUUGCCUUAGAAGACUAUUUCAAACACCCAUUCCCGGAAACUCUGGCCAAAUUAUAUGAUUCUCUCAAUGCUAUGGAUCUUUCAUUGAUGCCGUGUCUUUCCUACCUUGAACGACACAUACUCCAGUCAACUGAGACAAAAGAUCUCUUUGUGGAAAAGUUUGAAAGGAUGAUUAAGCAGAGGCUUGCAGACGAACGAGCAGAGCUCGAACGUCAAGGCAUUGAUCCUCAAAAGGCUGGGCCUCCAUCCCGAUAUACCGUGCCUCGCGACACUCAUGAAUUUGAAUCUAAGAUCGUCUACAACGACAUUGCAAUUCCGGUCAAGGUCCCUACAGCAAUCUCCCCGGAAACCGUGGGUGAUUUUUCCUUGGUCAAACUGAUACAGACAUUUGCAGGUCCCCAUGCUGCCUCCCCACAACCUUUUGCUCUGCACCCCCAUCUAACAAGCAGCGGACCUUUCACACAUCCCAUAAUUGUGCUGGUAAAUGCUCUGCUCACUCAGAAACGUGUUAUAUUCCUGGGGCAUAAUCGGCCAUCUGGAGAGGUUGCUGAAGCUGUCCUUGCAACAUGUGCCCUUGCUUCAGGAGGAACACUACGGGGGUUCACUCGCCAUGCCUUUCCAUACACGGACUUGACGAAAAUUGAUGAACUUAUUAAAGUGCCUGGUUUUGUGGCCGGUGUCACAAAUCCGACAUUUGCUAACCAUCAUGAGUGGUGGGAUCUUCUUUGUGACCUCCCUAGCGGACGGAUGAAGAUUAGCAACCGUGUUGAGGCUGCUCCGGUAACGGAAGGGAUGCAGUAUUUCCAACCACAAAACCAAAAUUCCUCCUCGUCUCUACUCGGUAGUUCCUCCAACCCUCCGGACCUUACUGGCGAUGUACAGUUCAUGGAUGAUAUCCUUAAGAGCAUAGCUUCGAGACAUAGUGAAGGUGUUAUCCGAGCCAAAUGGCGUGCCUAUAUCAACAAAUUCACAAGAAUAUCUGCCACCUUUGAGGAAAUAGUCUAUGGGGCAACUGCUCUUGAUAUAGUGGGGCCUGAUGAGCCCCCGCCAGAUUCAUCUCCAAUGCGUGAGCGCUCUGGAGAAUCAACUCUACGCGGACAUGGAUACGUUUGGGUCGAUGAAGCCACCAAACAACGUGAACUCGCCGCUUGGGUACCGCGAAUUGAAGGGUGGAGGAACACCCGGUCAUAUUACUAUUUUAUUCAAGACACUGCAACAAUGCAUCUUGUUGGAAAGCCAUUGAAGGGUCUAGAUGUUCAACAUCACCAUGAUCGACUACGGACACUCAAGCUGAGCGAUGUGGAUGCUAAGGCAGUAUAUGUUGCAUUUUCGAAAUCCAUCAAAGAUUACAAUUCUAUCUGCCAACUUCUUUCAGUUAUACCCGAAACACAGGCCGGUCUCUUCUAUCUCUCUAUGGGCCUCUUUCACAAUGACUCGGUAGUUCGCAAUGCUACGGUUGAUUUACUUGAUAGAAUAUCUGUUCAUGAAGCCGGUCGGCAUUUCUGGGCUCAGCUCAGUCGGUUUGCAAGGCUAGCUUACUAUCGAAUCAAGCGCGACAAAGAAAGGGAAGUAGCUAGCCCCUUAUCCUCCCCUUUUGAUGACAACACGUCGCACAGCAUAGUCGGGGUGGCCGUGAGCCAUACUUCAGUUGGAACCAAAAAGGGAGUUCGACGAAGCUGA